AUGUUGCCAAAAAAAGACUUAGUUUUCCACUUUGAUGAGUCUACAGGCACAGCUAUACUGAUAAUAGUAGAUGCUUUCUUAGAGCAUGCUGGCCAAUACUCUUGCAAGGCAAGAAAUAGUGCUGGAGAAACAACUUGUACAGCUACACUUACAGUGACUACAGAAGUGCAAGCCCUAGAUAGGCAAAGUUCUGGGAAAGAUGUAAAAGAGUUUACCCGGUCGCAGGCUAUAUCAAAACUUCAUGUUGCUCCUCUCACAAAGAAGAACAUUAAAACUUAUCAAAAAGAAUUUAAAUCAGUGCAACAACCAUCACAGGAAUUUGGUGUACAGGUUUUUGAAAGCGUAUCAGAAAGUUUGACUAUGAAGGCUACCUCAGUUGAAGAAAUGAAAGCUAUGCAUACAGCAGUCCUUUCUCAAACAUCUCAGAGCACCAAGAUCUCUAUGAUCACCUCUAAGGACAUGAAAGGUGUCCCUCCAAAGAUCCUCUUGCAACUUAGAGACCUAACUGUGAAAUGUGGUGACACUGCUCAGUUUGUAUGUGCCUUAGAAAAUGAAUUCUUCUAUGAGUUUCUUUGGGCCCACGAAGGUGAAAGGAUAGAAGUGUCUGAGAAAUUGAAGAUAUCACAAAACGGAAGUGUUCUUCUGCUCACAAUCCUAAAUGCCCAGCUGACAGAUCAAGGACUAUACAGUUGUACUGUGUAUAAUGACUAUGGAGGGACAACAACAUCUGCAAUACUAACAGUCAAAGGUGGUUAUCUGACUUUUAACAUUAUCACUUAG